AUGGAGGAUGUAUCAGACAGAACAGACCCUCAAGGAGCUGUAACCAUCCGAACCACCCAAUUCAUCACCAACCGUCUCCUUAACAGACGUCAAUUCAUCGUCACCAUCUUCCACCCCACCCGAGCCAACAUCUCCAGAUCCGAGUUAGGUGAAAAGCUCGCCGGUUUAUACAAGACUGAAGCCGCUCGAGUAUCAGUAUUCGGCUUGAAGACCAAGUUCGGUGGUGGUGUUUCAACUGGUUUCGGUUUGAUCUACGAUGAUGAGGAAUCACAAAAGAAGUUCGAACCCAAGCACAGACUUGUAAGAUCCGGUCUCGCCGACAAGGUUGUCAAGGCUUCCAGAAAACUUAGAAAGGAGAGAAAGAACCGAUCUAAGAAGGUAAGAGGAAAGGCUAAGACCAAGGCCGGUGAACCCGCCAAGAAGAAGUAA